UUUUAACAUAAAAAUGAAAAGAAAGUAAUACCUUGAACCAACUUUAUUUCUUGACACCUUCAACCAAAUGAAACAAAGAAAGCUUGAGAUGGUUUUCUAAUUUCUUAUAAUGAAAAUCGACAUUUCACAACUUCCCAUUUGCAUGCCGAUUUUAGCCUACGCGCUUUCCUAAUUGGCGCAUCUUAGCCGUCAGUCUUCUCGCUCAAUAUUACCAGUCAACAAAGCGCAAUUAACACAAUUGUGUUUGUAGUCUUUCUUUCUUUCUUUCUUGUUUAUUACAAAAAAAACUCAUUUUUUUAAGCAAUAUCGUUCACUGAUUCAACCACUGCAAAAAUCUUAGGUGGGUUCUUCCUUAUUCUCCCCUGAUAAUCUUCUCUGGUUCUUCAAUUUCAUCAGACCCUUUUGAAUUUAUACGUUCUUUGAACUGUUUGCACUGCAAUUUUCUUAACUUUUAGUCAAUUUCCUAAACUGAAUCUCCGAUCUUUCUCUCUCUAUAUGGUUUUAAUUUACUCGAUUGAUCCAUAGCUGGUUGAAGGUAGAUCUGAAUUCUGAAAUUGGCUAGUCAAUUCUAGUAUUUAGGCCUUUUUUGAUUGCAUAAAAGACCACAUGCUUUUGUUGAACUUUGGGUCUUCUAAAGUGGGAACAACCCAACAAAAGCAAUUAUCUUCUCUACUAUUCAUUUACGCGCUUCUUUGUAGAUUGUAAUCGACCUAGAAAAAAAAAAAAAAAGUAAAAGCGAGACAUGUUUCAUGAUUCUUAAUCUUAUAGAAGGUAGCUGCUGCUCGAUUUGAAGUUUACCCUAAUUUGGUAUCUCUUUGAUUGUAACCCAGCUUUGUCGCUAGAGGAAAGUAAUAAUGAGUUGCUUCAGCUGUUGCGGAGAAGAUGACAUGCACAAGUCUUACGACAAUGGACCUUACAUGGCAAAUAACGCAGCAGGAAACAAUGGAGGCUAUCGCACGACUGAAGCCGCACCAAAGGACACACAAGCUGUAGCCAUUCAGCCCAUCGCUGUUCCUACUGUCCAGGUGGACGAAUUGAAGGAGAUUACUGAUAAUUUUGGUACAAAGUCAUUAAUUGGUGAGGGAUCAUAUGGAAGAGUCUACCAUGGCGUUUUAAGAAGCGGACAAGCUGCAGCUAUUAAAAAGUUAGACUCUAGUAAGCAACCAGAUCAGGAGUUUUUAGCUCAGGUUUCUAUGGUAUCAAGGCUUAAACAUGAUCAUGUUGUUGAGCUACUUGGAUACUGUGUAGAUGGUGGUUUGAGAGUACUUGCUUAUGAGUAUGCUUCAAACGGAUCUCUUCAUGAUAUUCUUCAUGGCAAGAAAGGUGUAAAAGGUGCACAACCAGGUCCGGUUUUAUCAUGGUCUCAGAGAGUUAAGAUUGCAGUUGGGGCUGCAAAAGGGCUUGAAUACUUGCAUGAAAAAGCACAGCCUCAUAUUAUUCAUCGGGAUAUAAAGUCAAGUAAUGUGCUUCUUUUUGAUGAAGAUGUUGCAAAGAUUGCAGAUUUUGACUUGUCAAACCAAGCUCCUGACAUGGCAGCAAGACUUCAUUCCACGCGUGUUCUUGGAACCUUUGGCUAUCAUGCACCUGAGUAUGCCAUGACUGGACAGCUCAGCUCUAAGAGUGAUGUCUACAGCUUCGGAGUUGUUCUUUUGGAACUCUUGACCGGCCGAAAACCCGUUGACCAUACCUUGCCACGUGGUCAACAGAGUCUCGUCACUUGGGCAACACCAAAACUCAGUGAAGAUAAGGUGAAACAGUGUGUUGACACCAGACUGAAUGGAGAAUACCCCCCAAAGGCAGUUGCCAAGAUGGCGGCAGUUGCAGCCUUGUGUGUGCAAUAUGAAGCUGAUUUUAGGCCAAAUAUGAGCAUUGUUGUUAAAGCAUUGCAGCCAUUGCUGAAUGCUCGACAGGGACCUCAAACAGAAGCACCACACUUCGCCUGUAACAAAAGACGCCUCAUUUGUGCUGCUUCUCUCCAUCGCCUCUCUCCUGUGAAGCCACCGGCCGGAGCGCCGCACCCCACAACUGCCGGAGACCUUCGACCUUCAACCCCACAGCUACAGUUGUUCCAACACUCAAUGGGGAGAGGAAAACCCCUUCUCGUAAGCUCUGUAACAGAGCUGAAGAAAAAAGAAAAGAAAGAGAAGAAGGCAAAAUCAGGCGGAUUCGAAUCCUUAAACCUAAGCUCCAAUGUCUUCAGAGGCGUUAAGCGCAAGGGAUACCGAAUUCCCACACCAAUACAACGCAAAACAAUGCCACUCAUUCUCUCUGGAGCCGAUGUUGUUGCCAUGGCAAGAACAGGGUCCGGUAAAACAGCAGCUUUUUUAGUCCCCAUGCUCGAGAGACUGCAGCAACAUGUCUCUCAGUCUGGUAUCAGAGCCCUAAUCUUAUCACCCACACGCGACCUUGCUCUUCAAACACUUAAGUUCACUCAAGAACUUGGCAAAUUUACAGACCUUCGUGUUAGUUUGUUAGUUGGUGGUGAUAGUAUGGAAAGUCAAUUUGAAGAAUUAGCACAAAGCCCUGAUAUCAUAAUAGCAACUCCUGGAAGACUGAUGCAUCAUUUAGAAGAAGUGGAUGACAUGUCAUUAAGAUCAGUUGAAUAUGUAGUGUUUGAUGAAGCCGAUAGUCUUUUCAGCAUGGGGUUUGCUGAACAGUUGCACAGAAUCCUUCAACAGCUAGGCGACAAUAGACAGACUUUACUCUUCAGUGCAACUUUACCAAGUGCUCUAGCCGAGUUUGCAAAAGCAGGGCUGAGGGACCCGCAACUUGUUAGGCUUGAUUUGGAGACUAAAAUCAGUCCUGAUUUGAAACUUACUUUCUUUUCAUUAAGACAAGAAGAAAAGCUAGCUGCUUUGUUGUAUUUGAUUAGAGAACAUGUAAGAUCAGAUGAACAAUCUUUAAUAUUUGUGUCUACAAAGCAUCAUGUCCAGUUUCUUGAUCAUUUGUUAAGAGAAGAAGGUAUAGAACCUUCUGUUUGUUAUGGUGAUAUGGAUCAAGAUGAUAGAAAGAUUAACGUGGCAAGAUUUCGAUCAAGAAAAACCAUGUUUCUUAUAGUGACAGAUGUUGCUGCUAGAGGGAUUGAUAUCCCACUUCUUGACAAUGUUAUAAACUGGGAUUUCCCUCCAAAACCGAAGCUUUUCGUGCACCGGGUGGGUCGAGCUGCACGGGCGGGUCGAACGGGUACUGCUUUUUCCUUUGUGACAUCUGAGGACAUGGCUUAUCUCCUUGAUUUGCAUCUUUUUCUUUCAAAACCAAUCAAACCUGCACCUACUGAAGAAGAGGUUUUGAGAGACAUGAAAGGGGUUAUGGAAAGAAUCGAUGAGGCGAUGUUGAAUGGUGAAACGGUUUUUGGGAGGUUUCCACAAACAGCUAUUGAUCUUGUUGCAGAUAGGGUUCGUGAGAUUCUUGAUUCAUCUACUGAAUUGGAUUGUUUGUUGAGGCCUUGUGAAAGGGCUUUUAGGUUGUAUAUGAAAACUAAAGAGAAGCCUUCUAGAGAGAGUAUUAAAAGAGCUAAGAAUAUGCCACGUGAAGGCUUGCAUCCCAUGUUUAUUAAAGAAUUGGGUGGCAAUGAGUUAUCUGCAUUAGCAUUUUCUGAGAGCCUAAAAGCAUACAGAGCAAAGCAAACUGUCUUGGAAUCUGAAGGUCAUGCUGCCAAAGCAAAGCAUCUGCAGGGACCUUCUAGCCAGUGGGUAGAUGUAAUGAAGAUGAAAAGAGCUAUUCAUGAGAAGAUCAUUAAUAAAGUAAAUCAGCAGCACUCUAACACUCAAGCAGCUAAGGAAGUUGAAGAUAUAGAUAAUGCAUUACUAAAGAAGGGAAAAAAAGUUUCUGGUAGUAAAAGGAAAGCACAAAGCUUUAAGGAUGAGGAGUUUUUUAUAAGCUCAGUGCCAACAAAUCAACAUUUUGAGGCAGGUCUCUCAGUCAGAAAUAACGGAGGCUUUGUUUCCAACAGGUUGGAGUCUGCUGUUCUUGACUUAGCUGCAGAUGAUAGUAGCGGAUUACAAAAACAGAAAUCCUCCUUCCAUUGGGAUAAGAGGAGUAAAAAGUAUGUCAAGUUGAACAAUGGUGACCGUGUGUCAGCUAGUGGGAAGAUAAUAACAGAGAGUGGUAAAAAAGGGAAGGCAAAUAAAACAGGAAUAUAUAAAAGAUGGAAAGAAAAGUCACACAGUAAGAUAUCUUUUCAAGGAUCAAACAAUGAAGGUAGUAGUAGUAGUACUAGUGCUAUGGAAUCUACAAGUCUCAAAGGAGGUGGAAUGCAAAGGGGGCGUAAUAACAGAGGAUUUAAAGGUCGUAUGGUUCCUAAUGCUCAUGUGAGGUCGGAAGUUAAAAAUCUUGAACAGGUUAGAAAAGAUAGGCAAACAAAAGCAACUAAAGCAGCUUUUAUGAAGAGUAAUCCCAAAAAAGGUAAGAAAACGGGGAAAUUUGGUAAUAAAAGGGGGAAGGGAAGGAAGUGAUUUGAAAAUUUUCAUGUGGUUGAGGUUUAGGAGUUUGAUGUUUGUUUGUUUGUGUCAGUUGAAUGUUAAUUGGGAAUAUCUUUUGAAAUUUAUUAUAUAGGUAAAAGUAUAAGUAUAUUUGCGAUCACAUGAAGAAAACAUGUUAGACUGUGAAUGCUUUUGUGAUGCAUGCUUUACACAAUUUUGUGAUAUUUAUUUGUUAGGUGAUGUUUGGUUACAAUUUUUCUUGAUUGUUUUUUGUAGCAAUUUGAGAAUUGUCGCUGAAGAAUAAAUUGUUAAAUUAUUGAAGCGUGUGAUCUGCAAUUUGAAUAACAGAG